AUGGAUGAUUUGUUGCUGGUGGAAGUGGAUAAUGAAAUAGCCUCUUCUAAAGAUGGUCCAAUAUAUGAUGCCAACUUAAUUACGAGUGUUCAACUCAGCACUGCAUGGACCAACUUUAGAGAGCAGCUAGCUAAUGACAUGUUUGAUGAGUACCUUGUGAGACAUGCUGAACUAGAGUUGGAGACCAUGGCUGAAGAAGGUGGAAAAAAAUUUCGUAGAAAUUACCUCACAUGGAUAGAUGAAAUGGACAUUGCACUACUGGAGGCCCUUGUUGAGCAUCACAACAAUGGUGAUCAUGCCCAGAAUGGAUGGAAGUCCCAUGUCUACAGUGCUGUUAUAGGUAAUGUGUGUGAGAAGUGCAAUGUGACCAUCACAAAGGAAAACAUAAGUUCAAGGUGCAAAACCUUUGAAAAGCACUAUGAGGCCAUUAGCAAGAUGCUUUCUCAAAGUGGAUUUGGGUGGGAUUGGAUCAAUAACAAGCUGUCAAUUGAUAGUGAAGAUGUGUGGAUUAAAUAUGUCGCGGCUAACCAGAAAGUGGGAUUUUACAAGAACAAGGUCAUUAAAAAUUGGGAUGCUAUCACCACCAUAUACUCAAAAGAUCAUGCAAAUGGCGAAGGUGCUGUCACAGGUGCUGAAACUGUUGUAGAACCAACUAUGGAACCCAAUGAAGCCUCUCCCGAAGUGCCACACAAAAAACAGCGGACCGGUGAUGCCAUCCUGUGCCUACUUGGGGAUAUGAAAGGCUCAUUUAAUGAUGCUUUGAAGUCACUUGAGCCUUUACCUCUGCCCCAAGUUACACCUCCUGCUGAAAUCCUCGCGACACUUGAGAUGAUCCUUGAUUUGGCUCGUGGUGACAUAUUGCGAUCUUAUGGUAAGUUGAUCCUUAGAGAACGCUUGUACCAAGCGCUUCUUGAGCUUCCCAUGAACUUCAGGAAGGAAUGGUUGUUGAUGUUGGAAUAG